GUCCGCAUCUUUGAUCUGUCCGUGCCGAGUUCGCCCUGCUAUCUCUCGUCGCUGCCCAGCCAACUUAUCAAUUUGAGGAACCACGUGCAUAGCAAGCUUCUAGCCUGGGAGUAAUUUCAUGGCGUGUUAUCUGUGAUAUGUAGCCAGCACCGAUGGUAUAUAUAUUACCGCAGUUGUCCUGAAUCAGCAACAAAGCGCGCAGCUUUUCUGCACUCCAACAUGUCUGACGUCAAGCUUGGAGACGUGCACGGCAUUCCUAUCAUAGACUUCAGUGCCUUCUCGGACGGAUCCAGGAAGCAGGACGUCGCGGAUGCCAUGCUUAACUCGUUCAAGACUAUCGGAUUUGUGUAUCUCGUCAACCAUGGACUGUCAAAGGAGAGGAUCGACAAAAUGUUUGACUGGUCCAAGAAAUUCUUUGCCCAGCCUUUGGAGACUAAACUUCUCGCUCCCCAUCCACCCUCUGGCGCCCAUCAUAGAGGCUAUUCUGCGCCCGGCGUAGAGAAGGUUGUCCACGACGUCCAUGAUACCGAAGAACUGGCCAAAACUCGCGCCAAAGCACCGGAUGUCAAAGAAAGCUUCGAGUGUGGCCGAGAAGGCGACGAGACUAUGGCCAACAUAUGGCUUCCUGAUGGAAUACUACCCGGCUUCAAAGAGGCCUGUCUCGACUUUUUCUGGGCGUGUUACGAGGUCGAAUUGACAAUCUUAAGGGCACUCGCUGUAGGCCUUCACCUGCCUGAAGAUUAUCUUGUGAAGUACCAUGCAACGCCCGACAACCAGCUGCGGUUGUUGCACUAUCCAAGCGUUCCGAUGGAUAAGUUGCGAAACGAUAAAGUUGCUAGAAUCGGUGCCCAUUCUGACUUCGAUAGCAUCACCCUGUUGAUGCAAGAUAACGCCGGAGGAUUAGAGGUGGAAAAUCUGCACAAGCCGGGAGAAUUCAUCAGUGCAACGCCCGUGGAGGGUGCCAUUGUAGUCAAUGCCGGCGAUUUCCUCAUGCGAUGGUCAAACGACACGAUCAAAAGCACAAUCCAUCGCGUUCGUGCCCCUCCUAACAUGAUCACAAAGGACGGCAUGACCCCGGAACGUUAUUCGAUUCCCUAUUUCUGCAGCGACCACGAUCAGGUCGUUGACUGUCUACCGGGGACCUUCUCCCUCGAAAAUCCAAAGAAGUAUGAACCUAUCUCGGCCGGUGAUUAUAUCAGGCAACGGCUUGCUGCGAAUUACUAGCGUGAAAUGGCACGAUGCGGCUUAUGUCCGGCCUCUUUGAUGCUAAGCGCGAGCAUAGCUGUAACACUGACUGCUCGUGGAAGUAUUACUUCUCAACUUUGAAUCUUUAUCGCGACGGUCUCUACAUGUCCACGGUAAGGAACGCUUAAGCGCUUACAGGCCAGUCCGUAAGCGGGCCGCGCGAUCGCGCUUUAUUCGCUCCCGAUCGCCCUCGAUCGCAGGCCUCAGUCAGCUCCUUCGUCUUUUCCCCCAUAUGUGCGUUUUGUCCUGAACCUCCUUCUAUCUUUCGGCUCGCUGCUCUGGCUCGAAGCCAUAGGUGAUCACUUCUCGUCCUUCUAUAUUCGAGAUUCUACCGGUCAUCAAAGUGUUCGAACAGGACAUCCCAUUUCGAGAUAGAACUGAUGCUUGCGGCAUUGCAUGUCUAUAUAGUCUACUGACGAUGAAUAUUUCCAACUCAGAGUUGAGUUUGCAUUGG